AACGUGGGGCUGCAGGUUGGCGUCUGUGACUAAACACAGGUUGGGUAGAAGUAUCCUGGGAAUGAACGAGGUCACUAAAGUGGACGUGACUUUAGAGACGAAUGUCCCCACACUGUACCAGGUGGACCAGGAGAUUGCCAACGAGGCGGCGCCGAGCUCCCGCUUUCCACCGGCCCACUUGGCACGCUCACGGUCCCAGAAUGCACUGCGCACUGCCGUCCCAGCGGCUGUUGGCAUCACUGAAUACAAAGGAGUUCAGAAUGAAGAGAUCCUGAAGGAUGAGCUGCCGGUCCUUGGUGCCCCGGACACCAUGGAGAAGACUGCCAGCAGGUCGCGCUGUCUUGUGAAGCAGCUGGAAAGGGGGGAGGCAUCUGUGGUGGAGCUGAAGAGAAACCUGGACUACGCCGCCUCAGUCCUAGAAGCUCUGUGCAUUGAGGAAGCCAGCAUGUGGACAUGUGGUCCUUUGAUGUGUUUGCACUGAACGAUGCUAGUGGGGACCACGCUCUGAAAUUUGUCUCCUAUGAGCUAUUCACCAGAUAUGACUUGAUCAACCGUUUCAAGGUCCCUGUUUGUGUCCUCAUAUCCUUCGUGGACUCGUUGGAAGUGGGCUACAGCAAACACAAGAAUCCCUUUCACAACCUGACGCAUGCGGCUGAUGUCACACAGACCAUUCAUUACCUGCUCCUCAAGACCGGCAUGGUGCACUGGCUCAGUGAGUUGGAGAUCUUUGCCAUCAUUUUUGCAGCU